AUCCUGCAAACAGUUAUAAAUAUCAGAUAAUUCUGAUUUUUGAAUUACUCAUUUUAAAGGAAAGUUAGAAAAGAAAUUAAAAUAUUGCAAUGGAACUAGCUAAUGAAUAUUUAAAACACUCAAAUGGCAUUCAGUACCAAGUGAUUACAUCCUUAUUGAGUGAAUUUGAAAAAGAUGUUAGUCAAAUGAAGGGAACAAUGAUGGACAUUGGAUGUGGUCCUGGAAACAAUACGAAGAAUUUAAUUUUACCAAAAGUGUCAAAAGAUGCGGUUAUGGUCGGACUCGAUAUCUCAGAGAAAAUGGUCAAAUGUGCACGAACAUUAAAUGCUGACGAAAAAGAACGCUUAAGUUUUGAACAAUUGGAUAUUGAAACAAAUGAUUUUCCAGUCGAAUACAAUGAACGAUUUGAUCACGGUUUUUCCUUCUUUUGUCUUCAUUGGAUUGCAGAUUUAAGACGUGCUUUUGGAAAUAUUUAUAAACUUUUGAAACCCGGAGGAACACUCAUAAGUCAACAUAUUUUAUUAUUUAAUGGCUACAAUGGAUAUUUAACACUAUCUGAAUCUGAAAACAUAAGGGAAAAAAUAACUGGCUAUAAAUCUCAACUUGACAGAAAAGAACUUUUUGCUGCUGUCAAUCCUUUCGUACCUCGAAUGCCGGAAGAUGUGAAGAAUAAUUUUAUGGACAAUUUAAUGGAGGAAACUUUAAAAGAAGAAACUGUAAUGUUUAGAAAAAGUGACGAUUCUUCGAAUGAGGAGAAAAUAUUUGAUCUCUAUAAAUUAAUUAUGUUACAUAUUAAAAAGCCGGGAAGUGAGAUUUAA